AUGGGUCUAGAGCUGUACAUGGACCUCCUGUCGGCACCCUGCCGCGCUGUCUACAUCUUUGCCCGGAAGAACAGCAUCCCCUUCGACUUCCAGUUUGUGGAUCUGCUAAAAGGCAUGACCCCCAGCAGUUGGGCCGGGUCCCGCCAGAACUGGCUGGCACAGGGGCAUUCCAAGAGGCCAGAGCAGUGCCCCGCCGUGCCCUUCUGCAGCGUGGCCAUCCUCUCCUACCUGUGCCGCAAGUACAGUGCGCCUUCUCACUGGUACCCGCCGGACCUGCACACCCGUGCGCGCGUGGACGAGUUCCUGGCCUGGCAGCACACGGCCGUCCAGCUGCCCAUGAGCAAGAUGCUGUGGAUCCAGUUGCUGAUCCCAAUGAUCACAGGAGAGGAGGUGCCAGCCCAGAAGACGGGGCAGAUCCUGGAAGAAGUGAACAACAGCCUUCAGCUCUUUGAGGAAAAGUUCCUGCAGGACAGGCUAUUCAUCACAGGGGACCACAUCUCCCUGGCCGACUUGGUGGCCCUGGUGGCAAUGAUGCAGCCCAUGGGGGCCAGCUACAACGUCUUCAACAGCCCCAAGCUGGCCGAAUGGCGCAUGAGAGUGGAGGUGGCCAUUGGCUUGAGCCUGUUCCAGGAGGCCCAUGACCGAACAACACUCGUCCGGGUCCGGCGCCAUCUCACAAUCCGUGCUACGCCUGAGCCCGCGGCGCAGCCACCGAGUCAAUGCACCCGCGCCGGGUCCUCCUCUUUUCCGGGAACCCUCUCCUUUACCAAGCACGAGUCCCAUUCCGACUCCGUUACUCGCUGCUGUGUGCACAACCACAACUCCCAGGGGGCGCCCCACAACCCCCAGGGGGCACCCCGGGGGGCUCCCAGAGCUUCAGACACCAGCAAGGACUCUGGCAUGCUGGGAGCAGGAGGGGGACGGCGGCUUGCUGGGCCUCCGUCCUGGGUCCCCGAAGCCCACGAGGUCCCCAAGAACACAGCUGGCCAGCAUGUCCCCCUCAGCAUGGCUGUCCUGCUGCGCCUGGCCUGUAAGCAUAAGGUCCCGGACCACUGGUACUCCCAGGACCUGUGGGCCUGCGCCCGUGUGGACGAGUGCCUGGCAUGGCAGCACACAGCCCUAUGGAGAUCCUGCUUGCAGGCCCUGUGGCACAAGGCAGCCACGCUGGCGGACUUGGAUGUGACCCUGCAGCUGCUGGAAGACAAGCUCCUGUACAACAAGGCCUUCCUCACUGGGCCCCACAUCUGCCUGGCAGACCUGGUGGCCCUCACCGAGCUGAUACAUCCCAUGGGCACCGGCUGCCAGGUCUUUGAAGGCUGA